AAUUGAUGUUAUAAUUUUCCAGCUAAGCCACCCAGAGCGGUAUGCGCACCAUUUUCACGGAUAUUGUAAAGUAAAAUUCAUGUUCUCUUCGGGUAAACGACAGAUACUGAUACGAGCCAGCAGUUUUGUGCAAGACUUUUAAAUGCUAUCGAAGAAAAAUACCCAAAUUUUGAUUAAUAGCUGAGUACAGACUGAAGAAUGGACGGUGGAGUGGUAGUAGUUACCAAUCCGUAUGUGGAUGUGCGGCUGUCGAGCACCAUCUCCUCCUUUGAUGCAAAGCGCAGGUUCAAUAGAGGGAUUAGUAUAGCAGAAUUAAAGAAAAAAUUGGAGAUGGUUGUGGGCGCAUCUGCCUCCUGCAUGGACCUGGAGUUAUUCAGUAUCUCUGACAAGUUCCUGCAGAAAAUGGAUGACAAUGAGGCCUUGCUAGGUUCCUAUCCUGUGGAUGAUGAGUGCAGAAUACACGUUAUUGACAGAAGCGGUGGUCAGAUGGACCAGUUCACAGAUGUUUCCAAAGUGGAGAAGUUUGAACUGCCAGAUGACGCUUAUGAUAAGAGAACAGACUCAGUAAGGUCAUUCAUGAAGAAACAACGUGUUGGUCGCUUCAAUGAGGACGAAAUGGCCAAAAAGAAAGCUGAGCAUGCUGCUCGGGAAGAGGAACAGAAGGCUGCUGCUGAUGCCAUUUCUGUUGGCAGCCGCUGUCAAGUGCAGGUUCCUGGUCAGCCCACAAAGCUUGGAACAACCAUGUAUGUUGGCACAACAGAUUUCAAACCGGGUUAUUGGGUUGGCGUGAAGUACGACGAGCCCCUGGGAAAACACAAUGGAACUGUUGAGGGGAAGCAGUACUUUGUAUGCGAGAACAAAUACGGCGCAUUUGUGAAGCCUCUGAGUGUGACUGUGGGAGACUUCCCUGAGGAGGAUUUCGGUUUAGAUGAGAUGUAAGACUGUAUAGUUUCUCCUGCCCUGAAAUUUAAACACCUAAAGCUGUUGUCUUUUCACCAAGCAGAGAGGAUGCAGAGUCACUUUUAUUGUAACAUGUUUAUUGUUGUUUGCGCUUCUCUUGUGAUCCAAAGGCCUCAAGGUCUCUUUCAGUAACUUCAGAGCAACAUGACAGAGGUGACGGUCAGGUUAUAAUAAUAACAGGAUAAUGACUAAGAGAAGCUCACACCAACAAUGUUUCAUAAAGGAGAGUGUUUUUUGUUGCAGCAUAUUAAGGAUUAAGUUGUUGACUCUUACUCCACACACUUAUGUUUCAUUUUCUUGCUUUAGUUGUACUUGUUGGUCCCAUGCAGUCUCUGGAUGGGAUUCUUCUGUGUAAUCUAACAGUCCAUGAUCAUUUAAAGCUUAAUUUCUCCUCAUCUAGUUAAUGUCAUUGUGUACGAAGAUGAUUGUAUAUAACUGUUUAUAGUUAACUGUAGCCUUAGCAUUUUUUUGAAGACUGUAAAUUCCUGAGAGAGUGGUCUGACAUUUGGACAACUGUCUGUUAAAGGAAAAAUUCACCCCAACAUACUUUGACACUGAAAUCAAAAGUGACACUGUCUCUUGUGUUCCCAACUACUUAUCUGUAAGUGAGUUCAACUGGAGAAACAUUUUCCUGAUUAGAUUAAAAUCAGUGCUCAAUGGCCAAAUUUAUUUGCAUUAGUUACUGACAGACAAGAAAUUCACAAUUAGAGGAAGUAACAAUAGAGCCAUAUCAACUGUAGUCUCAGUGGUCCAUCAUGCUGCACAGCUUGAAGCUGUAUUUUAACUCCAGUAACACCUUUAUGCUUUAUAAGUAAAAAAUCUCUUGCUCCUAUUUGCUGUAUUUUGCAGUUAUGGUCUUCGACAUAAACAUACAAUGCAUGGAAUAAGUGUGCCAAAGUGUGCAAGGGUAGAUAUUUCCUUUUUACGAAUAUUGAAUUAACUCAAAUUUGUUUUGUCUUCAUAUGUAAAGAAUUCAUUUUUGGCUUUCCAAGUGAAAAUAAGAUGUAAUUGAUCUUUAUUUUCCUGUGGCUGAAUUCUUUGUGUUAAAACAUUAAAUCGCCUGCACUUGAAUGCGUCCUGCUUAUAUUGAACCACUGUAAUAAAAAAAAUGUUCCAAGUUUAAUAUUUGAAAAACAUAUACUGUUUUCUUACUUUAAAUGUGACCGGUUAAAUCAAAUAUAUCUGCAGAAUUUAAACUGAUCUUACCUACAUACAAAUGGAUGUGAAAAUCCAGGAGUAAAUCAGUCAAAUUAUCCAAGUAAAUACUAGUAGCUCUGCUCCAUUAGAGUUGAUUUGUGCGAUGAAACAUGUUUGAGUUGUGCUUCAGUCUGGACUGUAAAUACCUGUAUUUUUUAUAUUCUUGCAGUUGUAAACAUGACAGAUUGGAUUUCAUGCAGUAGAAGUACAAUCUCUGUUAGCACGUACUCGUUUCAUAACGUGUCCAUUCAUCCUUAAGUAGCAGAUACCUUAGUGGAGAGGGGUGCUAAAUUCUGAAACAUACCUGUUUGUUUCUCAUCUGUAGCACAAUCAUGAAAUGUAUCCGUGAAAUCUGCAACUUUUGCAAGAUAUAUAUUUUUGAUUAGAAUUUUUUUCAGGCAUUUUGAAACACUAAGGAACAGAAAACUGGUAAAACUCUUGAUUCCAUCUACUUAAUACUCACUCACUAGUUAACUGCUCUCCAUCAUCAUCAUCAUCACCGCAACACUCAGCUUUGGACAAUGUGCAUUUCCAAUGAAUUAUAUGCCUUAUUUAUGGUUUGUUGUAUGUCACUGAGCAAAAAACUUGUCACAUGCUUGUUAUUUGUCCUCUACAGCUUACAGAAAAAAUGUAAAUGAAUCAUUCUUGUGGUUUCUAUUCAAUGAAAUGUCAUUACCACAAACAGAAAAAUGUAGUGCUGUUCUUUUCUGAUGUUAGUCUCUGAGGUGCUGGUGUCACUAUGUGCCAAAGAGUUAAUGCUUAAUAAUAAAAACUGUUGAGUUGA